GGAAGCACGCAGUGCCAAUCCACGCGAAGCUUCUUGCGUUCAUGAAAUGCGUAAAACGCGGCAGAAUCAGUCCUUUAUAUAUCAAUACACACUGUAGCGUCCUGGGAAAAAGGUUCGGAUAAGCACGUGUUGUGUUGUGUGAUAAGUAUCCCUCUAGCAUGAAUGUAAAUUGUCACUGUUUAUUCACUAGAGGGUUAACAGUUCACACGACUGAAGCUUGUCAUACUGUUUUAAAAUCGUUCCCGGUUUGAAUAAACACAACAAAAGUGUCUCAACAGUGUUUCUUAUUUAGUGUGUUUAUACGCUUAUUUUUAAGCAUGCAUUUAUUAAACGUCUCUGCUAGCACAUUUCAUUCAUCGCGCCGUAAAGUCUCAUCGUGUGUGAUUGCACUGUUCAUGUGUUGUCGAUAACACAUCGUCCCAGCACUGUGUCUUUAGCGAAAUUAGUGACAGUUUGUGCCUGAAAAGUAGCAUGUCACUAUGGUCAUUUUGUGUGCGUGUGUGAAUGUUUUAUCACUCAUUGGAUUAGGCCACAAGAAGAGGCUGAAGACGUUGGUUCCUCUCCCGUCGGCUGCUACACAUCGUCAACAAACGUGCCUGCAAGCAUAUCCGACAGACGUCCACUAGACAGCUCCUCACCUCCACCGGAGCAUUCCGCCUCACUGUGGUCUGACUGCUGACUCGACAGUGAAAUGGGUUCCAAGUCUGAGCACAGCGGAGGACGCCACGCGGGUGGAGGCGCUGCAGCGUGCCGUACGAGCAUUGACGACUUGCCCGAGGAGAUACUGAUAAAGAUCUUCUCUCACUUGUCUUUCAGCGAGCUAGUGGACGCGGUACGGAAAGUGUGCCGUCGUUGGAGAAAGCUGUCGCGAGAUUCGAAGUUGUGGGCUGACAAGGAAUACCAUGUCGGAGUCUCGAGGCAUUGCGACUCUGAGAACUGUAAGAGCGGCAGGACCGAGCGGGAGGCCAUACGUAUCUUCCGCACUGCCCGAAACCUGUGUAAAGUACACAUGUGGUGCACCGUCAGCCCCCACGUCAUCGACGUGCUCUGCGACAAAUGCCGGAGACUCACAGAUCUCCGCCUGCACGCUGCCCAGAAGCUCGGCUAUUCGACGGUGAAGAACUUGGUCGAGCAGUGCUCCGGGAUACACGUGCUGACGGCACCCGACGAGCUGCUGAAGACCGAGAAAUUUUCGGAGGCGGUGUCACGUCUGCAGCACCUCCGUGUGCUGUGCCUGCAAGAGAGAUACGUGGGAACGACUUGCGUCCUGCGUCCUUGUGUGCUGAGGCCUCUGGGUGACGGGUGCCCCCGACUGGUCGAGAUUGACUUCGGACGUAUGUCUGUCGAUACGGAUGAUCUGAAGUACUUUCUGAAUGCCAAGAAGAACACCCUAAAGUGCUUACGAAUAAAGUGGUCGGUGGGUGGAACGAGGCGCGUCGUACCGUUGCUGCCGGUAUACGCCGACAGCUUGGAACGUCUGGAACUUUACGAGUACGACAUAGUCCGCGACUCGGCCAGAGAGGCUUUCACUACCGUCGGAAGCUUGAAGAACCUGCGGGAACUCGGGAUGUCCGUCCCCGAUCGAAUACCGCCCGGAACCGCUGCUCUGGCUUUUACGAAUGGAGGACUGCCACAACUGGAAGUGCUGGAUCUGCCACACGGAUACGGUGUGGAAGAUAACACAGUAAUUGCCAUCAGCCACGGGUGUCCCGCUUUGCGGCAGCUCUCCGUCACUCACGCUACGAAGCUGUCGCCUGCCGCCUUCUCGGAGAUCGACCGUCUGGAACAUCUUGAAAUACUAGAUGUGACGGGUUGUAGCAGACUCGGCGGAGGCCUAUUCCCCUGCCUCGUCGGGCUACCGCGACUUCACACGUUGCGAAUGGGUACCAUGUAUUUUGGUACCACGUAUUUUACAGAGUUGCAGCCAGGUGUGAGCAGCAUCCUCAAAUUGUCAGCUUUGCGCUGUCUGACAUUCGAUUAUUCGGAUGUUACUGGAGUGCCUUUUGAUAAGUUUCCGGAGAAUCUCGUCAGUCUCAGGGAGGUGAGUGUCGAAGGGUGCCGAGGUGACCCCAGAGCCACAGACGGGCUGACCGAGCAGAUGCCCGAUCUCGUAAUCCGCGGCACGAUCCACGCCGAGCUACAGCCUUUCUACUUCGAGGCACUCGAGGACGUAGGGCCCGGCGAGGCAGACGAAGCGGCGGACGACCGUUCGGAGAGUGACGAAGAUGGCGACAGCGACGGUAGCGUCGGCGGCAGUGACUGUGGUGGAGGUUGAGAGCAGUAUAUCUGUGUGUAUAAAAAUGAUGUGAAACUUAUAGGAACGUACAAUUCUGAGUAUUUGUCAACAUAAGCGGAAACUGUUUUGAAGGAAUAUAACAAAUAAUUUUGGAAGUGUUUAAAGAAACAGUAAUGUUGUUUGAAUACCUGCUGUAAUAAUCUACAAUAAUGUUUGAUUCUUGUUGUAACAACAAUGGAUUCACAAUGACACAAUUUUUUUAAAUGAUAAAAUGGCUACACAGACCAGGUAGCAAUUCGAAAAUAGCACUGACAAUGUUUUUUUGCAGUAAGUCGAAUUUAAAAAGUUCUAUGUUUUUAUAAACCUGUGAAAGAAUAAUAAAUGAGGACUGCUACCUUGUUA